AUGCACAUUUGGACGAAAUUAAAAGAGAGAGAGAGAGAGAGAGAGGAGAGGAGAAGAGAAACGCAGCGAGAUCUGCAACGGCUCCUCGUGCACUCGCAAGUUUCUCCCAAAAUUAGGGCAUUAUUAGGGCAUUAUUUCUACGCCCCCCAAAAUCCCUACCCCUGUCAAAAAAUCACCUCUCUCUUUCUCUCUCUCUUUUUAUCGAUUAAUCAUUUCUUCAAUUUUUUUCAAUUUUUUUUUUUUUUUCCGAUAUCUGUGUGUACGGGGGAGAGAGAUCUGCAGCCUCUCUCUCUCUCUAUGUAUCCUCCGAUGAUUCUCUGAUUCGUUUCGGUGAUCCGAUCCGACCGUCUGUCGUGGCUGCGGCGCCGCCCCGGAAUUGGGGCUGUCUGCCAUGGCUUCCGCGCAGGUCGCGCCCAGUUCCGCCGCGCAGUCUUCCCGCAAGCAGGAGCAUCUUGAGGCUGGCAAGAAGCGGUUAGAGGAGUUCCGAAAGAGGAAAGCUGCUAAGAAAGCUGUUUCUGGCGGCCCGCUGCAAUCAGCUGAUGCAGACCAGCAAGGGAAACUCUUGCAAAAAAAUGAUGACGUGGCUGAUGGACCUAUAUCGAGUACGGAUACAAGUAUUACUACCAGCCCCUCUCCAUCAGUUUGGAUCCAUGAAAACAGUUCGGUUAAUUCUUCUCAAAGCGUUGAUAUUCAUUCCGCUAAUGGCCCGUCUGCUACUUCUGCUUCACAAUAUACUAUCAAUCCUAUACCGCACGGUGACUCGUUACGAGAAUCUGAGAACAAUGAAGUGCAUAGAUUAUAUGGGAGCUCCGGCUCCUCUCGGUUGGCUAAUGGUUAUUAUGAAAAUUUGAGGGAAAGCGAUGAGCUUAGUUAUUCCAAGUCGGAUGUGGAUAAGAACAUAAAAAAUUCAAGUUUUUCUUCAUCAAUUGAAGUCCAUUCGAGUGGGAAUAAAAAUUCGACAAUUUAUGAUCAUGAUUCUGGUCCCUCAGGGGAAUAUCACAGCGGCAACCUUCCUGGGAUGUCAGAAAGUAGCUUUGCUCAGAAUAGAUUUGGUAACGACGUUGGCAUGAGCACUACAGCCUCAACAUCUGUUUUUGAAGACUCUGGAGAUGCUGUGGAGCACCGUGCGCAUGGUAGUAGCCUGGACCAUGACGAUGCCGCUAGUAAUACUAAAGGAGGAGAAAAGAUAACUAAUGCUUUCCAUCGACACUUGGACAUUGAUAGUGCACUUUGGAACUCAUCAAAGCCUUCACCUACCGAUUUCAGCAUGGGGGUUAAAAACUCUUAUGAUGAAUUUCGAUUUCCUUCGUCCAGUUAUGGUCGUUCUCGCCCAUCUUUUCUUGACGCCCUUGGUGUGAAUAAAGUUUCUUCUACAUCUGAAGAGCCGUAUACUGAGCCUGAUAAAGCUAAUCCGCCAAUAUCUGUUAACAAUCCAAAGGUCCAUAAUUCAUUUUCUCAGUGGCAGCCAUCUUCAGGAAGUAACUUUGCUUUCAACUCAAGUACUUCAGAUUUUCUCAGUGGAAGGGAGUCAGCUGCAAACAACUCUGGUGCCUUAAAUGAUUGGCAAAAUCUGAAGCAUAAUGCGGAAACAUACCAGAGCUUUGCAACUGCCAAGAAAGAUGAAGAUUUUGCAGCCUUAGAGCAGCACAUUGAGGAUUUGACACAAGAAAAGUUCUCGCUACAACGAGCUCUCGACACAUCAAAAACACUAUCAGAGUCAUUAGCUGCUGAAAAUUCAUCUCUUACAGAUCGGUAUAAUGAGCAGGCAAAAGUUAUCAAUCAGUUAAAAUCUGACAUGGAAACAUUACAAGAGGAAAUCAAGGCUCAGUUGAUGCUAUUUGAAUCUGUUAAAUUGGAGUAUGCUAAUGCCCAGCUAGAGUGCAAUGCUGCUGAUGAGAGGGCAAAAAUACUUGCAUCCGAAGUCAUUAGCUUGGAAGAGAAGGCUCUUAGACUGAGGUCAAAUGAGUUGAAGCUUGAAAAGCAAGUGGAGAACCUAGCCUCUGAAAUUUCUUCUUACAAACGUAAAAUGUCUAUCUUGGAGAAAGAGCGCCAGGAUUUUCAGUACACUAUUGAUGCCUUUCAAGAAGAGAAGAAGCUCUUGCAAUCUAAGCUACGGAAAGCAUCUGGAAGUGAGAAGGUUAAUGACACUAGGAAAACUGACUCUAAUAAAAAAGAUGCAUCCACCUUGACAGAGGAUUUAGUUUCUCCAGGUGCUGAACGGUUUAAUAUGGCAGAAGGAGGGAGCGGUCCUCCUGCAAUUCUUGAUAGCUCCCUUAAUACAUCGGAGGAUGUUGGACCAUCUGUGUCCCUGUCCAGUAAUGCUUCUAGUAUCUUACUUUCUCCUGACAAUACAUUUGGUGGUAUUCCACAGGAUCAGCUUAGAAUGAUAAACAACAUUAACUCACUGCUGUCAGAGUUAGCAGUGGAGAGAGAUGAGUUGAUGCAAGCGCUAAGAAUUGAAUCUUCUAACUGCUCCAAGUUGAAGGACUUGAACAAAGACCUUACUAAAAAGCUGGAGGCACAGACCCAGAGAUUAGAGCUCUUAACUGCUCAACAGAUGGCGAAUGAGCACGUUCUGGCAAAGCCAAUGGACGUACAUAUCGUGAACGAUACUACAGAAUAUGCUGAUGAAGGGGAUGAGGUUGUUGAGAGGGUGUUAGGUUGGAUAAUGAGACUCUUCCCUGGAGGUCCAGCAAAACGCCGCACCAGCAAGCUUCUUUAAUGGGAGAGAGAGAGAAAAGAUGAUGCAGAUAUCAAGAUAUGGCGGAAUCAUUAUCGUCACAAAUAUUUAGACAGCAUCGUGUCAUUCCCAUCUGUAUAUUGUGCCCUAAAAAUGUAGCUAUUCUUUUUUUUGAUAGAAAGAUGAAAUAUGAGUGUUUUUUCGAUGAAAAAUAUGAAGUGUUGUUUCCAGGAAUUCGAAAUAAACAGAAACAGCCCCCAUUAUAUUCUUUUACUUUUUCUUUUUUUUUUUCCCGAAACUGUUUGUAUGUUUCUGGGGGUGAGAAAUGUAAGAAGUAAUUGUUCUAUUCAUUGUGUUGCAUUUAUCUCA